UAGUUGGAGUUCUAAACCUAGCCCAAGAGAGGGAGCGCAAGGAGUGAGCUAACAGAACUAGAAACUAUAGGUGCAUUUUUACUCUAUCGAACAUCGCUUUUGAAAGACUGUCACUUUUACUGCCCUGGAGCCAUCUUUCCAGCCUUUUUAGUAUAACGCCCUCGAUCCCCGUCUGAAAACUCACACACGGUCGUGUCAGCUGGCAUGAGCUAACCCACCAGACAUGGAAACCAAACCUUUCAUGUCAUUGGAAUCUACAAUCCUGCCUAUGGGAUGGUUCCUAAAGCCCCAGUGCUCGCUGGCUCCGCCCCCUCAGCGAGGACGCUCGGGGGAGGCCUGCUCCUGUUUCACCGGCAUGUGUCACCUCCACCACCCCCGGAUAUCUACAGGUAACACUCAACGCCAUCUCCACAUCCCCUCGCCAUCUUCCCCGUCAUGGCAGACUCCGCACCUGGGAAGACACCUGUAUCAAAUAAAUUCAUCAGGUCAGGUGACCUCAUCUCCACUGAGCUCUCCCACGUCACACCGGGGCAUGCACCCAUCCCUGCUCAACCCGUCCUCCAUGGGGCCCUCAGGCUCCUUGCACUCUCCCAUCAGCACCCUGAGUUCUCCCAUGAACGGCCUGGGCUCGCCCUUUUCUGUCAUCAACUCCCCCAUGGGCCCACACUCCAUGUCCUCGCCCGGCAUGGGCUACGGCCCCAGUGUCAGCCCCCAGAUGUUCCAGCUGAACUCCCAGAUGAACUCGGUCAGCAGCUCGGAGGACAUCAAACCCCCGCUGGGUCUCAACGGGGUGAUGAAGGUGCCCGCCCAGCCCUCGCCAGGGUGCAUGCCUCUCUCCCUCACCAAACACAUCUGUGCCAUCUGCGGAGACCGCUCCUCAGGUAAACAUUAUGGAGUGUACAGCUGUGAGGGCUGUAAAGGCUUCUUCAAGAGGACAGUGCGGAAGGACCUGACCUACACCUGCCGGGACAACAAGGACUGUCUGAUCGACAAGCGCCAGCGCAACCGCUGCCAGUACUGUCGCUACCAGAAGUGUCUGGCCUGUGGAAUGAAGAGAGAAGUUUUGUUACACACAGCCGUCCAGGAGGAGCGCCAGCGGGCCAAAGAGCGCAGCGAGAACGAGGUGGAGUCCACCAGCGGCGUCAACGAGGACAUGCCCGUGGAGAAGGUCCUGGAGGCCGAGCUCGCUGUGGAACCCAAGACCGAGACCUACACCGAGACCAACCUGGGCAUGCCAUCCAACUCGCCCAACGACCCGGUGACUAACAUCUGCCAAGCAGCCGACAAGCAGCUCUUUACACUGGUGGAGUGGGCCAAGAGGAUCCCCCACUUCUCUGAGCUGCCCCUGGAUGACCAGGUCAUCCUCCUACGAGCAGGGUGGAAUGAGCUCCUCAUCGCAUCCUUCUCACACCGUUCGAUAGCGGUGAAAGAUGGGAUCCUCCUGGCAACAGGGCUACACGUCCAUCGUAACAGCGCCCACAGUGCUGGAGUGGGAGCCAUCUUUGACAGAGUGCUCACAGAACUGGUGUCCAAGAUGAGAGACAUGCAGAUGGAUAAGACAGAGCUGGGGUGCCUUCGAGCCAUUGUCCUCUUCAACCCAGAUUCUAAAGGCUUGUCAAACCCAGGCGAGGUGGAGGCUUUGAGAGAGAAGGUCUACGCCUCUCUGGAGGCCUACUGCAAACAGAAAUACCCAGAUCAGCCUGGCAGGUUUGCCAAGCUGUUGCUGCGGUUACCAGCCCUGCGUUCCAUUGGUCUGAAGUGUCUGGAGCACCUGUUCUUUUUCAAGCUCAUCGGGGACACGCCCAUCGACACCUUCCUCAUGGAGAUGCUAGAGGCGCCCCACCAAAUGACAUAACUGCAGGCGGGGCGUCGCCCAUGUUCCCCUCGCCCCCUCCGCCUCUAACCCCUCUGGAUACGGAGGGUGGUCCUGCAAACCACUCCCCCUCGAGAGAUUAUGUGACAUCAUUGGAUCUAGAGAAGUCCCCCCUCUUUGAUGUGUUUCAAAAAACAAGUUCAAUGUCCAUGGGUCUGUUUUAUACA